AACGAGAUAAACAUUGGUCCAUGUUAUGAGUAUUUCUUUGACAAUAAGACAUCCAAACAUAACCGGACAGCUAGCUUAGCAUUACACUGUCUGGACAUGGAGCACUAGCUGGGCUAUGUUUCAAAGUUAGCUCGUACCCGCUAGCUGUGACUUCUCCCCAUGAAUUAUCUACGCCGGCGUCUCUCGGACAGCACUUUCAUCUCCAACCUGCCCAAUGGCUACAUGUCAGACCUCCAGAGGCCCGACCAAGCUCAGCCUCCUCCACCUGCCACCGCCACCACCCCCACCACCCCUGCCAAGUCUCCUACAACUGGGCCCUCACCUCAAGCCACGUCCCCUGCUCCGGAGAAGAAACCCCAGCUGUCUCAGUCCACCGGAGCAGGCUUCUUUAGCUCCAUCACCAACGUUGUGAAGCAGACAGCUGCCUCAGCAGGGCUGGUGGAGCAGACUCAAGUCACGACACCCAAGAAGUUCAAGAUGCUCCUGGUUAUUGAUGAACCACAACAGGAAUGGGCGAAAUUACUCCGGGGAAAGAAGGUACUUGGGGAUUAUGACAUCAAAGUGGAGCAGGCUGAAUUCAAUGAGAUCAAUGUUGUGGCUCACGCCAAUGGAACCUGCAAUGUCAACAUGCAAGUGAUCAGAAAUGGCACCAAAGUUAUGAGGUCAUUCAAGCCACACUUCGUCCUCAUUCGCCAGCAUGCUUUCAGUAUGACUCAGAAUGAGGAUUUUCGCAACCUGAUCAUUGGUCUGCAGUAUGGAGGUGUCCCGAGCAUUAACUCCCUCGAGUCCAUCUACAACCUGUGUGACAAGCCGUGGGCGUUCGCCCAACUCAUCAACACCCACAGGAAGCUGGGUGCUGAGAAGUUCCCUCUGAUUGAGCAGACCUUUUACCCAAACUACAAGGAGAUGGUUAGCAUGCCAUCCUUCCCUGUUGUUGUGAAGAUUGGACAUGCACACUCCGGUAUUGGAAAGGUGAAAGUGGACAAUCACAGUAAGUUCCAGGAUAUAGCCAGUGUUGUGGCUCUCACCCAGACAUACACCACCACAGAGCCUCUCAUCGACUCCAAAUACGACAUCAGAAUCCAGAAGAUUGGCACCGACUACAAAGCCUACAUGAGAACAUCUAUAUCUGGGAACUGGAAGACCAAUACUGGCUCAGCUAUGCUUGAACAGGUGGCUAUGACUGAAAGGUACAAGCAGUGGGUUGACACCUGCUCAGAGAUUUUUGGAGGUCUGCACAUUUGUGCUGUUAAAGCUAUCCAUGGGAAAGAUGGUAAAGAUUACAUCACAGAGGUGGUGGGCUCUGCCAUGCCCUUGGUAGGGGAGCACCAAGCUGAGGACAGGCAGCUCAUUGCUGACAUGGUGCUGGCAGAGAUGAACCAAUUAGCAGAGAGGGAAGCUAAUGCUCCCCAGAGACCAACCACCAUACAGCCAUCCCAGGGAACUGGCCAGAAGGGAGAGAUUGUCGGUGAACACACUAAAAACGGUGCCGGGCGCCCGCCUCAAGGUUGUCUGCAGUACAUUCUAGACUGUAAUGGCGUUGCAGUGGGUCCAAAACCAGUUCAGGCCAACUGAAUCACCCAGGAGAAAGGGGGGAGGUCUCAGAGUCAAGAUAACAAAGGCGUACCUUAGCUGAACACAAGCGCAGACAUGUGUGUGGAUGCCAACAGCUAGAAUCAGAUCUCAGUGAUGUGAGCUUGGUACAGCUGAGUAGUGGCCUGGACUGUGUUUUUAACUCUAUGCAGUGUCAAAAUGUACUGUCUACUUGUUGACUGGUUGAUUUGUGUGCUUGUAUAGGUCACCUAUGUUUCAGUGGUAGCUGUUUUUUUGUUUUCUUUGAGGCUGUUGUUGACGAUGUAAAAAGCAGAUUGUGCCUACACUGAGUCCAGUGCUGCUCUGUGCUACCUGUUUGACGCAGCUGUGAUUCCUUUGUUUGCCCCUACUCCCUUUAUGUUUUCUCUUUUUGGUGUGUACCUUUAGAUAUCAUUCAAACUGUGGACUAUGGUGCAGUUUGAAGUUUAUGUAUAUCUUGAUAUGUAAACAGUACGUGAGUGUGUAUGGCUGUAGUGGUGAUUAUUUUCAUACUUAUACUAAAUAGAUAUUUAUUUUUGUUUGCAUGAUUGAAACAAAGACAGGUGCAAGUCAGUUAUUGAUGUCUGAUUAAGUGGGAUGUUCUCGUAACAUCGCUGUUUUACCCAAGCUGUGUUCCCUGUGAUUCAUGCAUUGUGAAUGUGUCAUAAGAAAUGCAUUAGUAUAUAGGUUCAAGUUCAACAGGUUACAUGUGCUUAUUUGCAAACAUUUAUCACCCCGGUGAGCACAACAGUGCACACUCCUGCAUACACACACAAUACAGACCUUCAGUAUGUGGCCUUUCUUAGAGUUAUUUUUUCAUCUGUAAUGUCACAAUGUCACUAAAAGAGAUUAUUUAGAGUGAUUUUAGGAAAAUUAUAGCUAGAUGCAGAGUACAUAAAUAAGAUUUAAUAAAGACUUUAUCCUAUAGAAAUUUGUGCAGGUGUGCACAAACACUGAAAUACAGUAUAUACAUAUAAUUUUCAACCAAAGAGUAAAUGAUUAUUUCAAAUCAUCCUUUGCACUCUAGUAACCCACUUUGUAAAUAUCAACAAGGGAACUGUAAAUCCUGCAGUAAAUGUGUAAUUUCAUCAGAGAACAGCGCUCCAAGACAAUACUUGUGUUUUCAAACAGCCUGUUGUAGAUUACACACCAGGGAAAUAAUGCUGGAUCUAACUGUUGCUGUCCAUUUGUGUUUUCUUGUUUGAAAGCAGGCAUUAAUUCGGAGUGAAAAGGUGUAUGAUCUGCUAUGAAAUGCCAGAUAGAAGCCCCCCCUCCUGUCUGCUGCCCUCACACUGGAUAUCAGUGAUUGGGUGGUGUUGCCAUAACAACAAUACGAGUGCUCUGCGUUUUAGUGUGAACUCUGUUACUGCCAUUCAAAGAUUCAGCACGUUUACCCUGAUCACACUCUUCCAGUGAACUAAUGGAAAGUGCAAUAUAAAUCCUUGUUUUUAACCUUUUAUGUAUUUUAUUGUGAAAUCAGAUCUUCCUUCCAAAUCAUUUUAAAAAAAGCUAUAAUUAUCCACAGACUGAAUUGUUUUAAAACGUUUUUACACAAACUUCUCAAUCACGUUGUUGUCGUCGUCCAGCGGCUUUAGUGAAGGCCAUUCCUUGUAAUAUUCUAAAAAUAGUAUCAAUAUUUUCAGCAAGCUUUGUGAAUAACUCUUCCCCAUCUCGUGUAGCGUGUCAUCGUAUCUGUGAGUGUAUCUUUGUAAAAAGCCAUGCCUGAGGCUAAAUGGAUGUGUUGUUCUAUUUCAUAGGAAACAUGCCAAGGCAAUUUUUUUUCCAAAGGGAAGAACAUGCAGAGAUAACCCAAUCUCUAAUAUCUGCAUAGUUUGGUUCAGUGAUGGUAAAUAAAUAUUUGACCAAUUGCUAUGUUCUAUCUGGCCACUGUGUUAAAGUGUACAUGAUAUCUUCUGAUCUGCAGUACUGUAACCAAUAAGGGCCAGAGUAACCCGCUAAAUAUAUGUACUUUAAAACCGGUGUUGGACUGUUUAAAUUAUGAUCAAAAUACAAUAAAAUGUGGAAAAAGUUCCAUUCUGGAUGUUUCCCCUCUGUCACUGGCAAUAAAGCUUCCUUUGCAAUAUA